AUGGCCAAGAGUAACAGUCCUGCUCCAGUGGUGAUUGAAGAAUCCUCCCUGAAGGGCUGGGAAGAGAUAGGUGAGGGUGGUUUUGGAAAAAUCUACAAGGCCAGGCACCAUCGGUGGUGCUGCGAUGUGGCCAUUAAGCUGCUUCGCUGCGAUGACGGAACCAACGCUCACAGGAACAGCUCGUCUUUGCUGCGUGAGGUCGAGAUGAUGUGUCUGGGAAAAAACCCCUUCGUUAUCCAGGUCCUCGGCAUCUUUGAAGGCCGACCACCCUUCACUGGAUCUAAGACCCAGCUGGGGCUGGUCAUGGAGUUCAUGGACAGUGGAUCUCUAGCCUCCCUGCAGAAAACCUUGAACACACCCCCUCCCUGGCCGCUGGCCUUCAGACUGAUCCACCAGGUGGCUCUGGGCAUCAACUUCCUACACAGCCUCACUCCUGCUCUGCUUCACCUGGACCUGAAGCCCAGCAACGUGCUGCUGGACUCCUCUCUGAACGCCAAGCUCACCGACUUCGGCCUGGCCAGGAUUUCCCACAGCACCUCACGGACCUCUAAGAAGGGCAGUGAAGAGGAAGGAGGAACUCUCGACUACAUGCCACCGGAGGCUUUUAGCACCUUGUACUAUCCGACACGGGCCUCUGAUAUCUACAGCUAUGGCAUCCUCCUGUGGUCCAUUGUCACUGGGAAACAACCAUAUCCAUAUGCUUUCUCCAGCCUCGUGAAGUUUCGUAUCCCUCAGGGUGACCGGCCGGCGCUGGAUGAAAUCAGGCGUCAGGCUGCAGGAUGUGCAGGUCUGUCGGUGCUGGUGGAGCUCAUGACGAAAUGCUUCGGGAAACCCUCCGAAAGACCAUCCAGCUUUGAGUGCGCAACCAUGACGGAGGAGCUGUUUAAGAUGCACAAACAUGCGCUUUUAGAGGCCGUCCAUCAAGUGCAGGGUCAGCUGAAGAGAAAAGAAGAAGAAGAUUUAGAACGUCGGAUGCAGAGAUUUGGAGUUACUGAACCUUCAGCGAGAUUCAGUGGUCCGACUGGGAAUGAAUACGUGCCGACGGGACCGGCGCCGGUUCAGGAAAUGGCUGACGGUUUCACAAACCACCCAGAGAAGACAAAACUCAGAGCUUCACCUCCUCCUGCUGCUCCGUUUCCCAGCCGGGUUAGUCCAGCAGACAGCAGACUGAAGAAGUCCUCUGUUCAUCCCAUUCACUCUUCUCCAUCGUCGCCUUCCACCAGCCGCUCGGGUAAAGGAAGAGCAGCGAAAAACUUACUGAAGGAAAACCAGAACUAUCAGGUGGGUUUAUGAGCUCUGCAGGAGGUAA